AUGCUUCGCUCCCUUGGAAAGUUCCCCGGUCCCGCCCUGAAAGAUUCCAGGAUCCAGGUUCCACAAAAUCCCCGCGCGCAUUUGCAGCCAAUCAACGCAAUAGUAGCGCUUCCUGGGCGCAGGGACAAUUGUUUACACAUCUCCAUAAUUCAGGACCUACAAUUCAAUUCUACUUCUUCAGUUUCCCACUCGCCGAAAACUCUUAUCCGCUCCCGGGCACAUGUAUCUAUAAUGUUGUCGCAGCCGCCGGGCAUUUCCUCCCUUUGCCGCAAAUAUAUCCUUCCCUUGUUCCUGGUGACCAAUGUGGUGCUCGUAAACAGCGGCGGGUUUGCGGCGGCUAAAUCGAUUCUACCAGGCUAUGCCCAUGGCCAAAGUGUGCCGGUUAGUUGUCUGAAUAGGGAUAUAGAGACUGGCGAACAUAUCACCGACCCGGCCGGAAAACUCCAAUACAUCCCCUUCCCAACAUGCAACGAAACCUCCGCCCCGCUUUCUUUCCGCUACGGCAUCUCCGAAACAAUAACCUGCACCAUCCACUCUCUCUCCGACACCCUCUACCACCUACUUGAAUACUACGUCCACUCUGACGUUCCAUUAACAUGUCGCAUACCUACCUUCCCGCUCCUCACCUCCUCUGCUAGUAGUAGCAGCAGCAGCAGCAGCCAUGAGAAUGACCGCGACGGUGACAGCAGCGGCGAAGAAACACAUGACGGCUCUACGACUAAUGACAUAUCCUCAUCAGCUUCGCAACCGCCCUUUACACCCCUGACAAUCGCGCUGCAGGGGACCCUGCAGCUGUCCCAUCUCCAUAUAUGGACAGACAUGAAUGUGCUCAUGCACCAGUCUGCGCGAUUAUCCACUAACCCUGAGUCCUACUCGAAAAAAUGGAAGAAGUCGAAGAAGGAGAAAAAGAAGGGGAAGAAAAGCGAUCAUAAUAUGAAGAACAAUAACAAGGAGAUGAAUAAAUUGACGCUCCCGCAGGGACAGAUUGUGGCCGCAUCGGCAUACUCGGUGCCGAUGGUUAUAUGCGCUACUGCUGAUGACAAUUUCAAUGACAAUGACGGCGACCCCGGCAACAACGAAGCGGCGGCAUUGAAGAAACGCAAGAAGGAGAGGGAGAUGUUGAUGCAGCCCUGGGCAGCGGAGGGGGGCGCGAAGGUCAUCCGCGGCGAGCCGCUUGUGUUCACGUUUCGGGUUGGGUGGGUUUCCAGCGGCGAUGUGCUUGGGCUAGUUCAGUCGGACAAGGCAAAGUGGAAGUCGAAGAAAGUGUUUGGAUAUGGGCCCCGUGUUGGGCUGUUUUUCCGGUUGAUGACUAUUUGCUUUUGGGUCGGGGUUGGGAUGGGGUUGGCUGUGGUUGUGGAGAGGGUGAGGCAUAGAAGGAGGGUGGUGGGUGUUUAUAAGGGGGAUGGGAUUUUGGGACACAGGCCAUUUUUUAGUGGGUUUGGUGCUGGCAUCGGCGGGACCGGGGUAAUGAGUUUUGGAGGGGAUAAGGGUAGGAUUAAUGGGUAUGGACUAGGGUUGAACGGGAAUGGGAAUGGAGGUGGCUAUGGGGGGUAUGGAGGGUAUUCCGUCGGGAAGAAAGAUUGA